AUGAUCCUAUAUGAUUCGAAUACAAAAUCAUCAAUUCCGAUUCCUGAUUGCGUUCAAGAUUUAAAAAUUUGUCAUUCUAAUGCUCGAUUUAUACUUGUGGUUGAAAAGUAUACUACUUUCACGAAUUUAAUUUUAAAUGGCAUUGCCGAACGUUUUCCAUUGAUCAUGAUUACUGGAUCCGGAUAUCCAGAUUUAAAGACCAGAAGCUUCCUUCAAAAAUUAUGGUUCGAAUUAAAAUUACCAGUAUUUGCAUUGAUGGAUGGUGAUGCUUAUGGUAUCGAUAUAAUAUUAUCAUACAAAUAUGGUUCAAUUAAUUCAGCAUACCAGAAUCAUCAUCUUAUUGUUCCAAGCAUUCAAUGGUUGGGAAUAACUGCCGAUGAUAUCAAUGAUUUUCAAUUGAAAGGUAUCAGAUUUAAACGAAAUGAAUUGAAAAAAUUUGAUUCAUUAUUGAAACGUGAAGAUGUUCGCAACAACAAUAUAUGGGCACAGGAAAUCAUAAAAACAAAACAAUUGGGCAUUAAAGUUGAAAUUCAAGAUUUGGUAGAUUAUUCACCACGAUUUUUGAUUGAUUGUUAUCUUCCAUAUAAAUUUUCAUACGCUAAAUGGUUUUGA